AGUUUAUGUAGGAAAAAGCAAGCUUACUGUGGAGCACUCUGGUUAGAGGUAACCGAACGAUGACAGAGACCAUUCUUAACCCAAAGGGUCCUUACUUUUAAGAGUUUAAAUAUGAAUAUCGAAGAUUUGGCAAAAAGAGAAGAAAAUGCAGGCAGAAAGCCAGUAAAGAAAAAAGGCUACGAUGAUGUAGAAUUUACUGACAUAUCGGUUAAAGAAGACGACAAAAAGAAAGACAAGCAACCUAAAAAUACGAGCAAAAGUAAAGACGUGAAAGAUGCUGACAAGAAAAAGAAAGAUGCAGCAGCUCCGAAGAAAAACGAGAAGCAGGCAGCUCCAAAAGCGAAGCAAAAUCGAGCACAUGCGGCUGGCAAUGACCCAGCAGACCCAAAUAAAAAGCAGCCAUCUGACGCGGAAAAGAAUAUACAGCAAAAGAUCGUGCCAUUACCUAAGAUCGUUGAAAAACCGUCAGCAGAAAGACCAAGAAGAGCGCAAAGAACAGUAAACGAAAACGAAAUAAAAAAGGUAAAUGAGGAGGAAAGAAAAAAUUGCAGCGGAUUUUAUUAA